AUGAAGCGCAGAAUUAACUUGCCAGCUAGGAAGAUAAAUGCCCAGUUGUCAGGCAUCAACAACACCGUAGCUGCGCAGGUAAAGGAAUCAUGUUGUGUCGAAUUGCGGUCACCAAUUGACCCACUUAUAUCGAUAACAACGAACAUGAUGGUUCUGCCGAAAUUAACAGGAAACUUGCCGACUUGCCACAUUAGCGCACUAACACGGCAGGCUUUCUCAGACCUCACAUUGGCGGACAAAAGUUUCUUCGUCAGUGAACCCGUGGACGUCAUACUCGGUGGCGACGUCUAUCCAGAGAUUAUCCUUGAUGGCAUACGCAAGAACGUACUGGGAUCGCUUCUUGCGCAAGAGACCGUGUUCGGUUGGAUAGUCGCGGGCCGUGCUAAUACAAUUAAGCCAACCAACACUUGCGUCUCAUAUUACAACGAAAUAUCGCUGGAAAAGCAGUUAGCUUCGUUCUGGAAAUUGGAAGAGAUGCCCAAGGAACGUAAACUAAGCGAAGAGGACAGGUAUUGUGAAGAGCUCUACAAAAAGACAACGAGGCGAAAUGAAGACGGGAAAUACGUUGUAUCGCUAYCAUUCAGGAAAGACUAUCCGGUCAACAAUAGGUUAGGUAGUUCGUUAAAGAUUGCGUACUCCCAGUUUUAUCGCAAUGAAGCUCGGUUAUCCAAAGAUGAAAAUCUGCAAAAAGAGUACAGGGUUUUAAAAGAAUACGUUGAGAUGGGUCAUAUGGUAAAGAUACAUACCAAUCAAACGGCCGACUCUAGUGAUAACUAUUACCUGCCUCACCAUGCCGUAAGGAAAGAAGAGAGCACAUCUACAAAAGUGCGUGUGGUAUUCAAUGCAUCGCAAUCAACUUCAAACGGCACUUAG